GUCGAGGAGUCCCUCUGCGCCCUUACAGCUUCGUACGCGGACGAAGUCACCUCGAUGCUCUCCAACUUUCCCGCUGACAAAAUAGUCCGUCUCGUUGAGGGUCACAUUGCUUCUCGGCGCCUAGAAAGUGCCGGUGAACCGAAUGCCACCGAAGCCAGUAUUGCGUCCUUCCAGCAGACUAUAAAGCGACUUAUCGAUCUGGCAGAUCGAUAUCGUCAGUUUGAUCGGUGUGUUAAUCUGCUCUUGACGCGACACAAAGCUGCCACUAGUGGUAGUAGUAGUAAUGGCAGUUUUGAAGGCGCCACUUCUAACCGCAAGGCCACCGAUAUGCUGCCUCCCAUCUCCUGGACACUGCCGGACUCCGUUCAACGCCUUGCGGACCCCACUUCCGUAACGGAUGUCGUUUCGGUUGAGUCAAUUAUCCUCUCGGCGAUCAACAACUACAACGAACAUUUCCCCAUGGAAAAUUUACAAAAACUGAUUACCUGUGAGAACUCAGUAUACGAUGUACUUCUCGACUUCCUCUACCAUCCCAACCCCCUUGUCGUGAGCGCUGCACUUGAGGCACAUCCACUCCUGGUUUGGGGUGUAUGUCCGGGCGAGAACGACUCGGCUCUGUAG